AUGGCGGAUUGGAACCAACAAGGGAUUUGGAGACUUAGAAAAGUAGCCCUCCUGUUGACCGCUAGGAAUGGAGUAAAUGAGGACAGGACCCCUGUGCCACCCAUCUGCUCAGCCUCUGUCAAAAUUAGCUGGAUUGGCAGUGAUGGUGUUUUGAUUGGUUUUGGUGGUGCUGUUAGUGAAGACAUUGAUGUCAUCUUUGUCCCCAAAUAUACAAACUUGGUUGGAACAGCAAGCAUAGACAAUAUAGAGUGUGUUUCUGGAAUAUUUUCCUUGUUCAUCGAGGGUAUUUCUAUGUUUACAGAUGAGCGUAUAGUCUAUUUGUUACAAAAAAGCAAGACAAUUCAUAAAAUUCCAUCAUUCCAUAAGAAUGAACAACAAGACUGUGAAAUUGCUCAGGAAAUUCAAGAGAAGCUGACUAUCGAGGCAGAGAGACGCCGCAUUCAGGAGAAGAAGGAUGAGGAUAUAGCUCGCCUUUUGCAAGAAAAGGAGUUACAGGAAGAAAAAAAGAGAAAGAAACACAUUCCAGAGUUCUCUGGAGCCAAAGUUUAUGGAGAUAAUUACUACUAUGAAGAUGGAGACCUACCAAAGUCAAGGAGGGCCAGGGAAUUGGGUUCUGGAUGCUCAAGAUCUCAUAGACCACAAAAUGAUGCACAAACUGUGAAGCAGAUGAAGGAGAAAGCAAGACAUCCACUAGAGGGCUUGGAAGAGCUGGAAGAACGUGGUUCAUCAGAGACAUCCCUGACAUCUGCUAAUUGGAGAAAAGUAAGGGAUGAUCCCCAAAUUACCAGGGAGCAGCACGAAAGGAAACGGUCUGGUCAAGAGAGGUUGCGGAGACCUCCUCUUCCCAGGAUUAGUGGUGAGGUGUUUCUGAGCUCUGGGUGUGAUGACUGCAAUGCUAACACUGGCCAUCAAACUCGGAAUCGAGAAAAGCAGUCCCGACACCAAGACCCACUUUCACCCAAGUCCUCACAGAAAUCGGGGCUUCACUACAAGGAAGCUGUAUAUGGGAGGGACCAUGGGCAAAGUGAGCACAGAGAAAGAAAACACAGGCCCAGGACUCCUCCCUUCUCAGAGAGAGAACUAUACCACCUCCAUGAUCCAGGAAUGAAGCCAAGAGUGAUGAAAGAAGCUAUCUCAACUCCAUCUCGAGGGACCCACAGGGAUCAGGAAUGGUAUGAUGCUGAGAUUGCCAGAAAACUGCAAGAAGAAGAACUUUUGGCUACCCACGUGGAUAUGAGAGCUGCUCAAGUCGCCCAGGAUGAGGAAAUUGCUCGCCUUCUCAUGGCUGAAGAAAAGAAAGCUUAUAAAAAAGCCAAAGACCGGGAGAGGUCCUCUUUGGACAAAAGAAAGCAUGACCCCGAAUCAAAGUCAAAAUCAGCUAAAUCAACACACCCAAAGUCGAAGGAGAGUGAUGAAUCUCAUCGUUCUAAGAAUGACAGGUCAGCAAGGCCACCCCCAGCUACUGUGACAGAAGCUGAGGGUCCAGAUUAUACUCACUUUACAAACCAGCACAAUUCUACUCGUCACUUCUCAAAAUCAGAGUCCUCUCAUAAAGGUUUCCAUUACAAGCAGUAAAAACCUAGGAAUCGGCCUUGAAAAUGGACUCACUGUAGCACAUAUCUGGAUGAUACAGAUUUUAUGCCACAUUAAUUUUUAUCCCCCUGUGUGUUUGCAUUCCUGGGGUUUAUUUUUUUUUUACUAUCAAUAAUUUCAAUUCCUGUCAAAUGAUUUUGCUAUUUCUGAUCACUUGGGCAGUAUAAGAAAAUGUAGCUUUUGGAUAUUGGCCACCAUUAGGCUACAUGUAUAUUUCCUGGGAUAUAGUUUCCAAAUGCUCUGUAACAUGUUAUUUGUUUAGCAUGGAGUAUUGACAUCUAGGGACUAGGCUUUAUGUAGCAGUUAGAAUUAAAGUAAAAGGUAACAGUUGGCUGCACCACAGAAUUAAAGAAUAUAAGAGGUAGCCCCUGGUGCAUUAGAUGUUUGGAAGGACAGAGCUGUUACUUUUUAUUCUCAGGAAAAUAAAAUAUUAUAACUAUGAAGUAUUUAAAAAAGAAACACUAGGGUUAUUUGAAAUUACUGUUCUGAAUACAUGGAACUAGUAGAGGUUUUGUAUAUUAAUAAGCACCACUGGGAAAAUUGGUCUGUAUUCUAUAUUUAAUACGUACUGUGCUGUUGCAUCUGCAAUAGCAAGGCUUUCAGAAGACACCAAGCAAAGAACAUUAUUGCCAAAAAUUAUUUCACUGAAAUAUUAAUUUACACAUCUGCAAAAUCAACUGAAAAUUAAAAAAAAAAACAAACAGUCUUUAUAUCUUUUGUUUAACAUUUACUUUUAGAAAGAGCUAAGGGAAGUGGAAUUAGAAGAUCAUUUCAACAGAGAAGAUUCUGUAGAGUCUCUCUGGCUAUUGACUGAAGGUUGCCUCUUGCUUAAAAGAACAGUGUUUGAGUGGUGCUGUGGCUCAAGUGGUAGAGAGCUCGAGGGACAGCACCCAAGACCACGACAGACCAAAAAAAAAAAAAAGAACAGUGUUGACAACUUCUCAAUAAUGUUUUAUGUCCCACCUAAUAAUUAGAAUAAUUUGUCAUGAAGUUGAACUUUAUGAAGUAGUUCUUUACUGAGUAUUUGGUCCUACACAGUGUAUUUUUUUUUUUUACAAGCGGUGCCCUCUCUUUUAGCAAUUUAGUGGGUAUGAUUGCAAACUCACAGACAUGUUUAUUUACCUAUACUUCUCUGUUAACAUACAUGUCAAUCAAACCAUUAAUAAUUCUUUCAGCUUGACCUCCUGCUCUUUUUCACUGUAUGAAUCUGUCAUUUAUUUUGCAUAUCAAUAUGGCAUUUAUUUACGAAAGAAAUAUAUGUGUCUAGAGAAAGAGU